AUGGUGAAGUGCAAUUCUGAUGGGAGUUUCUGUGAUAGUAAUCAGCGGAUUGGUGGCGGUGGAAUUAUCAGGGAUCACCUUGGCCGUUGGGUGGUGGGCUGCUACUCCGGGGAGGCUGGAGAUAGUGCGUUCAGAGCAGAAGCCGUGGCGAUGCGAGAUGUUCUCCAGUUAGCCUGGGAGAAGGGGUUUAGACGAGUGAUCUGUGAUGUUGAUUGUGCAGAGCUGACCUCCAUAAUAACAGAUGAAGCAGCUUCUCAAAGACAUGCAGAGUUUCUUGUGCUUGGUUCUAUUCGUCAGCUUCUAGCACGAGAGUAG